UUGGCAUGGAGGUGGCGUCUAAUUGUAGAUUUGGAGACUUGGUGACCCCAAGAUGCAACCACGUUCUGUAAUUUUCCAACUGUGGCACUUGGAUUUCCCUUUGCCUCCCGAACCAUCUGCCUCACUGUGCGUGGGGGCAAGAUACAUUUGCGUCCUCCUACCAGGCAAGUUUACCUCUGCCAGUGGUUUUGAACUUCUUAAUUAUUGCCCUAAUAGUGGUAAGUGGUAUAUUUAGUUUUUUAGCUAUUGUUUUGUACCCAUUGCCUGAUUUAUGAAGGUCAACAACCAUUUGUUUGUUUCUUUUCAUUUGUGAGUUCUUUGCCCUUCCCCAUGGUGAUGGAUGACAAAUGGAUUUCAUAUGCAUGUGUGGCGUUCUUGCGUGUUGUUCCCGCACUGAAGCAGGCAGACAGGCAGAGAAAGCAACCAGUGAGAUGAACACAGCUGAGGACUGGGGACUGAUACUGGAUAUCUGUGACAAAGUAGGGCAGUCUCGCACAGGGCCCAGAGAAAGCCUAAGGUCCAUUAUGAGACGUGUGAACCACAAGGAUCCUCAUGUAGCUAUGCAAGCACUGACACUUCUAGGAGCAUCUGUAUCAAACUGUGGCAAAAUCUUUCAUCUAGAAGUUUGUUCAAGAGAUUUUGCCAGUGAAGUUAGCAAUGUUUUAAAUAAGGGUCAUCCGAGGGUCUGUGAAAAAUUAAAAGCCCUAAUGGUAGAAUGGGCAGAAGACUUCAAGAAUGACCCACAGCUUAGUCUGAUAUCAGCGAUGAUAAAAAACCUAAAGGAGCAAGGAGUAUCAUUUCCAACUGCAGGCUCUCAGGCAGCAGACCAGGCAAAAGCAAGCCCUGCUUUAGUAGCGAAGGACUCCACAACAGCAGCAACUAAAAAGGAAGAGGAGGACCUGGCAAAAGCUAUCGAGUUAUCGUUAAAAGAACAAAGGCCACAGCAGCAAGGCCUCAUCAGUCUGUAUCCUAGUGCCUCGAGCCUUGUAACAAACCUGAAAUCCGAGGGCCGAAAAGUGCGAGCGAUUUACGACUUUGAAGCUGCUGAAGACAAUGAACUGACAUUUAAAGCGGGGGAAAUCAUCACAGUUCUUGACGACAGUGACCCAAACUGGUGGAAGGGUGAAACAUAUCAAGCAAUUGGUUUAUUUCCUUCAAACUUUGUGACCGCAGACCUUACUGCAGAGCCUGACAUGAUCAAAACAGAGAAGAAAACGGUGCAGUUUAGUGAUGAGGUCCAAAUAGAGACAUUGGAACCUGAACCAGAGCCAGUGUAUAUUGAUGAAGUAAGUGUCCAUGUUCUGGAUAAAAUAGACCAAUUACAACAAAUGUUACAAAGUGCCGACCCUACGGAUGGUCAGCCAGAGUCCCCCGAACUACUGCAUCUUGAGGGUGCCUGCCAUCAAAUGGAACCUAUGAUUGAUCAGAAGCUUGAAGACAUUGAUAGGAAACACUCUGAACUAUCAGAACUGAACGUAAAGGUGAUGGAGGCCCUUUCACUAUAUGCAAAACUGAUGAAUGAAGACCCUGUGUAUGCCAUGUAUGCCAAACUGCAAAGCCAACAAUAUUAUAUGCAACAGCCUGCUUCAGCCGUUUCACAGGUUUACCCUGGACAAGCACAGAGCAGCGCAUAUGCAGUAAAUGGUGGUGCUCAAACGGGACCAGUACAGGGCUACAGUAUUCCACAAGAACAGCACCCUUCCUUGAACCAAGGAGCACUUCCACCAAACGCAGGAGCUACCCUGACCAGCCAGCCGGCUCCGAGCGCCUACACAAACACUAUGGUAAAUUCAGGACCAGGAAGCACAUAUAUGAACCAGCCUCCUGUCUACAACCCACCUGCUCAUGCUGCUGCUAGUGUUGACAUGUCUGCAUACCAGAAUACUGCCACCAAUGUGUCCCAGAUGCCAAACUACACUGUUGCCUCCUCAAGCCUUCCCCAGCAAGCAGACAGCCAACAGCAAUCUCAUUACUCUCAAAAGGUACUGCUAUAGGACCUCAGACUUUUGAGCAUUCCUUAUCUAGCUCAACCUCCACUAGACAUACUGUAGACCUUACUUUUAAUUUAAGGCAGUCAUGCUUUUGUCCUCUGUUCUCUGUACAUUGGGACAAAGGGUUAACAACAACUCUACCACAUUACAAUGACGAUUUAGAACUUCUGUAUUUUUUACAGGACUUUUUUUGCAGAGACUGAUGAUCAUUUUGUUCUCUGUAAAGUUCUUGUUAUUAUGAUUACUAUUUAUGCUGGGUGCAGCUGGCUAAACUGUGAAAGAUUGAACAUUGUGUUGCAAAUAUUGUACAUAUAUUGGGGAUGCGAUUUUCAUUAGGUGUCAUUUUGGCUCGCCUUAGUGAUCAUAUUAGCAUCUCUAACUCAAAUGUUAAUUGAUUAAUUUGUAGCAUAAAAAUGUAUAAAGAGCUAGGUAUUAUGUUUUUGUAGUGCAUUUUAAUGUGUGUGUGUAUACAGAUAUAUAUAUAUAUAUAUAUAUAUAUAUAUAUAUAUAUAUAUAUAUAUAUAUAUAUAUAUAUAUUUAUGCUGCGGUAUAAACAAUGUUUUAUUUGUGUCUACAUAAUCCAGUUAUUCUUUUAAACUAUGCUGUAUUUUAUGUAUAGUCUUCCUUGUGAAACUGGAUGUUUAUCAUAACACUACAGGAAGACCCAUGCUUUAAUGUAGAAACUUGAGUAAAUCCUAAAAUGAAAUAUUUAACUUCAAAUAAGCACUAAUAUAGAAAUAUCUCAUCAUUGGAUUAAGGCUGGAAUAUAAGUGUUAAUAUUUAGUUUUGUGUUUUUAAAUAUCUAACUUUGGGCCAUGAAGUCAAAGUACAUUGUGUUCAGCUGUUUUUGUGGUUUUUUUUUGUUUUGUUUUUCUGGGAGAGCUUUAAGUCAGCCUUAGCUCUGUAGUUGUAAAACUAGACUUUUAUAGAUAAGCAAGGGAAUCAUUAUACCAUCCAUAAUAUUAUACUCACCCAUAAGACGGUUAAAACAACAAAAGGAAAGAUGCUUUGAAGGGAACUGACAAAAGGAAAUUAAACCGCAGUAUAUGACAGUAAAUGUGUUUUUCCUAUUGAUACAUUAUUAAGCACAUACUGCUUUAGAGAACCAUUUAAUCUUGACCAUGAGUGCAUAAUUCCUUUUGACAAAUGGGAGUACUGUUAUGAAUUUCUGUAUUUGAAUUGUAUAUUCGCUGUAUAUGUAUAUUUAAGUAACGUGUUAUGGUGCUUCAUAUGAUCGAAGACAAUAAUGUUGUUGAUUUUUGUUUGUAAUGUACUGAUCAAGUGAAACACUUUAUUGUAGAUGCUAGUUAAACUUAUAUCUCAGCCUUUUAGCAUGACUUGUGUAGGUACUAAAGACAGCAGAAUUAUGACUUGACUUUUGACCAAGGAUACUGGGAAGUAAGAAUGUCCUUUUAAGAUGUGUACCUGAAAAUGUACUGCAUGUAUUCAAUUACAGAAUAUAUUGAUCACUAUCAACAAAACUGUUUAUGACAAGUAAUGCUGCUUUUUAGGUUUGCAUUUUGGUUUUUAUGUUUUGUUUGUCAAGGACAAUAUUUUCUAUAUACUUUAUUACCGUAUAGUGUUUUUACAGCAUAUUGGUCAUGCAUCCUCCCCCCAAGAAAUUUUCCUCCCCAGUAAUAUGAAUAUUUAACAUAUAUAAACUCCCUUCUGAGCUUAAGUAUCACGCAUCAAAAUUGUCAUUGUUUGAAAGGUCACAAUGACUUACUAGAUAUACACCUUGACAAUAAACUCAGUUUACCUUGUAUAUUAUACACUGUAGAAGGGACAUUUGAUUGGUAACACACUGACAGCAGGUACUGACAGUUGUUUGUGAAAUGAAUUGUUACAAUAUAUAAUAAAUAACAAUACAAUACUCUUCAAAACAA